ACGCAGCGCGGGGAGGUCGCAGGAGUUGGCUGAGCAGCGCAGCCCAGGUCCUCCUGGGCAGAAGUCCGAGCUGGGGCAUUGUGCGGCAGGACGCCGGCUUUCCGUGAUAGGUGCCAAAGGCCUGGGAACGAGGCAGGCCCGACCCCAAGAAGGAUGCAAGGAGCCGUGCAGGCAAAGCCCGAGCCCCACGAAAGUACUGAGCGUUUAUACACCUCAGAAGUCCUGUAGGCUAUGCUCCGGUCCUGCCAAGCUCCCUUAGCAGCCGGGUUUGACACUUCCGGUAGGGACCGGAAGUGGCGUUUGUGCCCAGAGGAGACUCUCUAGGCAUGCGGGCCAGCGACUCGAUAGCCGGAAGUAUUCCGAGCUGGGGCUGAGGACGCUAAGGCACCUUCAGACAGUUCUCAUCUCCAGUUGGCAGCCGGGAUGGCUGAGCGUGCUGCGCUGGAGGAGCUGGUGCGACUUCAGGGAGAGCGUGUGCGGGGCCUCAAACAGCAGAAGGCUAGCGCAGAGCAGAUCGAGGAGGAGGUGGCAAAACUCCUGAAAUUGAAAGCACAGCUGGGCCCUGAUGAAAGCAAACAGAAGUUUGUGCUUAAAACCCCCAAGGGCACAAGAGACUACAGUCCCCGGCAGAUGGCAGUUCGGGAGAAGGUGUUUGAUGUAAUCAUCCGUUGCUUUAAGCGCCAUGGUGCAGAAGUAAUUGAUACACCUGUGUUUGAACUAAAGGAAACACUGACUGGAAAGUAUGGGGAAGACUCUAAGCUUAUCUAUGACCUGAAGGACCAGGGCGGAGAGUUGCUGUCCCUUCGCUAUGACCUCACUGUUCCUUUUGCUCGAUAUUUGGCAAUGAAUAAACUGACCAACAUUAAACGCUACCACAUAGCAAAGGUGUACCGGCGGGAUAACCCAGCCAUGACCCGUGGCCGAUAUCGGGAAUUCUACCAGUGUGAUUUUGACAUUGCUGGGCAAUUUGAUCCCAUGAUCCCUGAUGCAGAGUGCCUGAAGAUCAUGUGCGAGAUCCUGAGUUCACUUCAGAUAGGUGACUUCCUGGUCAAGGUAAAUGAUCGGCGAAUUCUAGAUGGAAUGUUUGCCAUCUGUGGUGUUCCUGAUAGCAAGUUCCGUACCAUCUGCUCCUCAGUGGACAAACUAGACAAGGUGUCCUGGGAGGAAGUGAAGAGUGAGAUGGUGAGAGAGAAAGGCCUUGCACCCGAGGUGGCUGACCACAUUGGGGACUACGUCCAGCAGCAUGGUGGGGUGUCCCUGGUGGAACAGCUGCUCCAAGACCCUAAACUUUCCCAAAAUAAGCUGGCCUUGGAGGGGCUAGGAGACCUGAAGCUGCUAUUUGAGUACCUGACCCUGUUUGGCAUUGAUGACAAGAUCUCCUUUGACCUGAGCCUUGCUCGAGGGCUGGACUACUAUACUGGAGUGAUCUAUGAAGCAGUGCUGCUACAGACCCCUGCCCAGGCCGGGGAAGAGCCCCUGGGUGUGGGCAGUGUGGCCGCUGGAGGGCGCUAUGAUGGGCUGGUGGGCAUGUUUGACCCCAAAGGGCGCAAGGUGCCAUGUGUGGGGCUCAGUAUUGGGGUAGAGCGGAUCUUCUCCAUAGUGGAGCAGAGACUGGAGGCUUUGGAAGAAAAGAUAAGAACCACAGAAACACAGGUGCUUGUGGCAUCUGCACAGAAGAAGCUGCUGGAGGAGAGACUGAAGCUUGUCUCAGAGCUGUGGGAUGCUGGGAUUAAGGCCGAGCUGCUCUACAAGAAGAACCCAAAGUUACUGAACCAGUUGCAGUACUGUGAGGAGGCAGGCAUCCCACUGGUGGCCAUCAUCGGCGAGCAGGAGCUCAAGGACGGUGUCAUCAAGCUCCGUUCAGUGGCUAGCAGGGAAGAGGUGGACGUCCAAAGAGAAGACCUUGUGGAGGAAAUCAAAAGGAGAACAAGCCAGCCUCUCUGCAUCUGCUGAACUGAGCAAACUGUCAGGAAAGAAAGUGGGACUGGCACUAUUUGAGGCUAAGACAGAGAACUCUGCAUAUGUACUUCAACAGCGUUGUGCCUUCCUGUUUCAGCAGGCCGACCUGAAAAGUAGUCAGAACAGAGACUUUUAUUAUGAUGAUUGUUAUUGGUUCACUGGCAAAAAUGGCCAGGUACUACUCUAUUUCCCAUAGGAGGCCCUAGGAGCUUAGUCUCGUCUGUGCCUCUGGGCUACAGGGACCGGACCCCAGAUGGAACAGAUGCCUCCCCAAAACCAAUCGCCAAAGGUCCAAUAAAAUGCCUCAACCACUGGA